AUGUUCGCCCGGUCGUGCUUCCGCCGCACCGCGCCUGCGCAACGCCGUGACGGCACCGCCGCGCGCCGGGGGCGGGGCCAAGACCGGGGCGGACCCACGUGCGGGGACACCGGUACCGACACCAACACUGAUACCGGUACCGGCACCGACACCGACACUGACACUGAAACCAGUACCGGCACCGACACUGAAACCGGUACCGGCACUGACACUGAAACCGGUACAGACACUGACACCGGCACUGACACUGAAACCAGUACCGACACUGACACUGAAACCGGUACCGGCACUGACACUGAAAACGGUACCGGCGCCGACACUGAAACCGACACUGACACCAGCACCGAAACUGAAACCGGCACCGACACUGACACUGAAACCGGUACCAGCACCGACAAUGACACCGGCACUGACGCUGAAACCAGUACCGACAUUGACAAUGAUACCGACACCGGUACUUAG